AUGAUGAAGAAGAGGAAGAUGAAGAUGAUGAAGACAAAGACGAUUCAAAAACAAGUCAGACCCGUUUUGGACUCGGAUCCGCCCAUGGGCUUUCGUGACAAAUGUCACCCUGAUCAUGUGUGUCUAUUGCGGGGUUCUCUCUAUGGUCUCAAACAGGCUCCACGAGCCUGGUAUCAACGGUUUGCAGUUUUUGUCACUGGAACUGAUACUGCUUAUAUUCUAUUAUAUGUUGAUGAUAUAAUUCUUACAGCAUCUUCUGAUCAGCUCUGGACCCGUGUUAUGGAUCUUUUGCGCUCCGAAUUUGCAAUGAAGGAUUUUGGUCCGUUGAGUUUCUUUCUGGGCAUUGCUGUGACUCGGGAUGCUAAUAGUAUGUUCUUGUCUCAGAAACACCGUUGUCCUACACUUGUUGACACAAAAUCCAAGCUUAGUGCUACUCACGAUGCUGCAUAUGAGGAUCCUACUAAGUACAGGAGUCUUGCAGGUGCUCUUCAGUAUCUAACUUUUACUAGACCCGACAUUUCUUAUGCAGACACUUUGUCAUUUGGUUUGCAUCUGUAUAAGUCUUCUAUUAGUAAGCUAGUUGGUUAUAUUGAUGCGGAUUGGGGAGGAUGCCCCGACACCAGGCGAUCUACUUCAGGUUAUUGUGUAUUUUUAGGGGAUAAUUUGAUUUCCUGGUCAUCUAAACGCCAACCUACGUUAUCUAAGUCUAGUGCAGAGGCCGAGUACCGUGGGGUUGCUAAUGUGCAUCAACGCACAAAACACAUCGAGAUGGACAUUCAUUUUGUUCGUGAAAAAGUCGCUAAAGGCGAGGUACGAGUUUUACAUGUUCCCUCUGGGUAUCAAAUUGCAAAUAUUUUUACGAAGGGACUUCCCCGGGUUCUGUUCGAUGAUUUUCGUACCAGUCUUAGCGUUCGUGACUCUCCCACUACGACUGUGGGGGCGUACCGUUGUUCUAGACCUUUUUUCAAGGGGAAGAACGUGAUGAGAGAAGAUAGAAAGAUCAUCUAG